CAUUACUUGUAUCUAAUGAUUCAGAAGAAUAUGAAUGUUGGCUCUACUCUGUUUUACAGACAGAAGCACUGAAGUGUGUAGCUCAAGCCAGUAAGAAUCGAUCAUUGGAUGAUUUCAAAGAGGCUCUGAAAGAUUAUAAAGUGGAACUCAGGGAUGACCCCAUCAUCAGUACACAUUUGGGAAAACUGUACGAUAACUUAUUGGAACAAAACCUCAUCCGUGUUAUUGAGCCUUUCUCCAGAGUGCAGAUUGACCACAUAUCUAGCCUUAUCAAGUUAUCAAAGGCAGAUGUGGAAAGAAAGCUCUCUCAAAUGAUCCUGGACAAAAAAUUCCAUGGGAUUCUUGACCAAGGUGAAGGUGUCUUGAUUAUUUUUGAUGAACCACCUGUAGACAAAACAUACGAAGCUGCUCUGGAGACCAUUCAGAAUAUGAGUAAAGUAGUGGAUUCAUUAUACAACAAAGCUAAGAAGCUCACAUAGAGUUGAAAACUGUUGGCUGUUUGGAGCAUUGGUGUGUGAAAUGGGGGAGGGGGGAACAAAAGGUUUAGAAGACUGGUAGAGGGGGUUGUUCCCCACCCUCCUUUUACUCCUCACUCAAAAAGUUUAAGACAGCCUUCCCCAACCUGGUGGUCUCCAGAUGUGUUGGAACUACAGGUCUUUGAAUUCCAAUCAACAUGGCUAGGAAUUCUAAGACUUGUAGUCCCAAUAUAUCUGGAGGCCACCAGGACGCGGAAGGCUGUUUUAAGACUUUCUCAUCUGAUCCAUCUUGUCUAUACAAUUGUGUGUUCCAGUUUCCAUGUAACCUUUUACCUGUUGAAUUUUGUACUGGGAUGAGGAAAUGUUUAAAAAAGGGGGGGAAAUUGCGGGGGGGGGGGGGGGAGAGCAGUGGCAGCAUCCUAAAAAAAAGGACUGAGAUUAUGCUACCUUUAAAAAUGAACAACAAAAUUGCAUUUCAUUUUCUUGAAGGUAGCAAAGGGGUGGGCCAAGAUGUCUUUGUAAGUCACAAGAACCCAGCCACACAAAUUUCCUGCAUAGAAGGCAUUUCUUAUGUGCAUUGUGUCCAACAUGAUUGUUCACAGGUGUACAUGCAUUGGGUAAUCAAGAUUGAUUACUGUUUCUCAGUAUAUGCCCAGGUAGCAAAUAUGUCAGGAUUCUGGUAGUUACUCCAAUUAAAUCAUGAGCCUCGAGCCACACUCCCAAAACUAAAAAGGAUUUAUUUGAAGUUAACAUUCUAUGUCCGGCAUUUGCCUGGGUGUAGCCAAUUCUGAGAUAAGUAAUUCACUGUCACCCUUAUCCUGCUUUUCCCCCCACCCCCCAUGAGUUUAUGUUGAUUUCUAGAAAUUGGGA